AUGGCCUCGAGUCUACAGCAAAUGGCUGCUGAUAUAUCCGAGCGCUCCAAGACGCUGAUUAACAACGACCUGAAGAAGAUCCUCAAGGAGGAGGGCAGCUCGCAGACAGGCAACAAGGCUGCAUUGCAAGCUCGCGUCAUAGGCCGUACGUGUUUCUGCUUCCCGUCCUGCUGCCGGGCGCGUGGCCGCCGCGACGCCGAGCAAUUGCGACGCCUGCAAUAUCGUGUCCAACACCGUGGAGAAGCGCCUCCGCCAGCCACCAGCAGCCCCGUAGCGCCUCCCUACACCCAGCCUGCCCCGCCCAUUCCAAACGGCUACGGCAUGGCCAACGGAUACCAGGCCAACGGCGCUGCCCGGCCAUACCUGCCAUAUGGGCGUGACCAGCCUUCAGUACCGCCUCCGCCUAUGACCUUUUUCAAAGACUCCCCAUUCUUCGUUAUCCGCGAUCUGGUUCUAGGCGGUAUGACUCUAGAAGCAUCCCCAAGCCACCGCAACCAUCUCACUAAAUCCCUCAAUCUCAACGAGGGCGUAUGCAGGCGCUUAAAGGACGAGUCAUCUAUGCGACUAUUGCUCUUCUCUGCCAUCGAACAACCACUUGCUCCUUAUACCCGUCUAGAUAUUUCUUUCCCAUCCCAGAUUGAGGUCAAGGUGAAUGAAGAAGAAGUAAAGGCCAACUACAAAGGCUUGAAGAACAAACCGGGCUCCACGCGUCCAGUUGACAUCACCGACUUUGUGCGUACAAAGAUCGCCAAUCAGCGCAAUACUGUUCACAUCACCUAUGCCCUGACGCAAAAGGCACGUCCAGAGAAGUACAACCUGUUCAUUUAUCUAGUGCAAAAGUAUUCAAUCGACGAGUUGACGCAGCGUAUCAAGCAACGCAAUGUCAUAACCAGACAGUCUGUGCUGAGCGAGAUGUUGAAAAAGGCAAACGACCCCGACAUCGAAGUAGGCUCAUCUGUCAUGUCACUGAAGGAUCCAAUCUCCACUCUGAGAAUCGUCACGCCAUGCAGGUCGACUGUGUGCACACACAACCAAUGCUUUGAUGCCGACUCCUUCCUGCAACUCCAGGAGCAAGCGCCAACAUGGACAUGUCCGAUAUGUAACAAGACUAUAUCUUACGAGGCUCUAGCUGUCGAUCAAUAUGUGGAAGAGAUUUUGAACAAGGCCCGGAACACCGACCAAGUCACCAUCAAGCCAAGUGGCGAGUGGUCGACCGAGAAAGAAGUGAAACCCAGACAGAACCACCACCAUCACGACGACGACGACGACGAUAGCGAAGAUGACCUUGUUGAGAUCCCCGAUUACCGCAUUCAAGCCAUCAAAAGCGAAGCUGCCCCCACCCCUACCUCAAUCACCACGCCCCCGCUGCCUUCUCGCGAAGCGUCUACAGCCCCCCGUUCCGGCCAAAAGAGAACAGCAGAGGUGGUGGACUUGACGCUGAGCGAUGACGAUGAGCCGCCUAGGCCUACAAAAAAGGUAGCGUACACUACCCCUAAUAGCAUUCCUGAUACAUCACGUCGGUAUCAGCUGCCUCCUCUUGGGACCCACCCUGCCACAAAUAGUCGUCCACUGCCACCAGCCUACCAUAAUGGGUCUGCCAGCGUGCGCUCUGAUUAUCCCCGGCCCCCGUCUACACCGCCAGCACGGAAUGGGUACAUGUCAUAUCGGCCAGCACAGCCUGCUUCACGAGCAGCUUAUCCCGGACAGGGUAGCGCCUCAUACCCUACAUAUAUUGACUCACCCCCUUGA